GGCCAUUCAUUGCGACACCAGUGUAGAGUGUGCGAGUGAUGGAAUAACUGGCCAAGGUGAAUAAGGGAAGGAUUGAGGAUCCAGGGUCAUCAAAGGCAUAGAAGGAAAGGACCAGAUUCCAGGUUUACGGGACAGGAUAAUGAUACGGCGACCAUGGGCCUGGCGUCGAGCCGAGACGGUUGCGGAUUACGCUGCCGUCGUGGUUCCGCUGGAGGAGGCCCAUCAGCAUAGCCACUCAUACCGAUCGAGGCCAAGGCCCAGCCCCGAGGAACGAUUGGACGAUGAAGCCCUCACGGGUGGUAUGGAUAAGGACAGGGACAGCGAGGACACGACCAUGCUCGUCAUGAGCAACGCAGCUGCUGAGUACAGCAUUGAGGGCUUGAGGAGGGAGGUGAGAAAAGGGAGGAGGGACGAGAACUGGACGCCCUAUGAGAUGAAAUCCAGACUCAUCAACAAGGCCAUCCAGGACAUUGGCAUGGGAGCAUAUAACUGGCAACUGUUUGUGCUUUGUGGGUUUGGCUGGUUUGCUGAUAACCUUUGGAUGCAAGGUGUCUCCCUUACACUUCCCUCUCUCUCAGCCGAGUUUGGCAUCUCGGAAAAGUCGGUCCGCUACACGACAUCAUCCUUGUUUGUCGGACUGUGCCUGGGCAGCUUCUUCUGGGGCAUCGGCUCCGACAUCAUGGGCCGGCGGAUCGCUUUCAACGUCACGCUACUGAUCACCAGUGUGUUUGGCACGGCCUCUGCAUGGACGUCAAGCUGGGGCGGCGUCUGCCUGAUGUAUGCUGCUCUGGGCUUUGGGGUCGGAGGCAACCUUCCCGUAGACGGCGCACUCUUCCUCGAGUUCCUCCCGGACGCGUCCAGUUCGCUUCUGACGCUGCUGUCCGUCUGGUGGCCGAUAGGGCAGUUGUGCUCAUCCCUCUUUGCCUGGUUCUUCAUUGCAAACUGGUCAGCGGAUCAAGGAUGGCGACACUUUGUCACGGCCAUUGGAGUCAUCACGUUCGUCAUGUUUCUCGUCCGCUUCUUCCUCUUCCACAUGUUCGAGUCUCCGAAAUACCUGCUCUCGCGAGGCCGUCAAGCCGAGGCAGUCGCCGUUGUGCAAGGCAUCGCACAUAGGAACAACCGCAAGACAUGGCUCACAGAAGAAAUUCUGUACGCCGUGGUGGACGACGAAGUCCCGCGAGUUCGAGGGCGGCUCUCGACCAGGAACAUCAUCCGAAACAAACUCGCCGCGUUCUCGUCGGAACGCAUCCGGCCGCUCUUCAACAACCGCAAGCUCGGGCUCACCACGUCGCUCAUCUGGUUCUGCUGGGCAACCAUCGGGAUGGGCUACCCUCUCUUCAAUGCCUUUCUCCCGCAGUAUCUCUCACACGGCGGCAGCGGCGGUAGCAGUGACAGUUCAACCAACUCUCUUGCGUCCGAGAUCUCGGGCGAGACGUACCGCAACUACGCCAUCACCAGUAUCGUCGGCGUCCCUGGCAGUUUGCUGGCUGCGUACAUGGUCGACAUGAACUCGCCGUUCCUCGGCCGGCGCGGCACGCUGGCUAUUUCGACGCUCGUGUCGGCCGUGUUCCUGUUCCUCUUUGUGCAGUUGGGCAAUUCGCCAUCGUCGCAGCUCGCGUUUUCCUGUGUGGAAGCCUUCGCCCAAAACAUCAUGUACGGAGUGCUCUAUGCUUUCACUCCGGAGAUUUUUCCCGCGCCGGUCCGCGGGGCGGGUACCGGCGUGGCGAGCUUCUUGAACAGGGCGACGGGUCUGCUGGCGCCGCUAAUUGCUGCUACCGUUCCCGGAGACGGGACAACGGCGCCUAUCUAUCUGUCAGCGGCGCUUAUUUUGGCCGCGUUUGUGGGCAUUUGCAUGAUCCCAAUCGAGACAAGAGGCAGGCAAAGGCUUUAGCAUGGUUGAACAUUUUUGGUUGCCGGCGUCCAUGCACCGUGUUGAGGAAAAUUUGGGAUAUCGAGAGAUAUGAUGCACUUUAGCUUUGGA